AUGUUCGCCAAGAUACUCAUCGCUGCCGCUCUCGCUCAAAGCUCUCUCGCCGCUGUACAAUCGAUCACAUCCGGGGGACAAUGUCUUCAAGUCUCUGGGUCACCCUCUGAUGGCGCUGCUGUCUCACUUGGGAAUUGUAACAGUGCAAACUCCCACACCACCGUUACUGGCCAGCAAUGGGUGAUCAGCAGUGGAAACAACGCCGGAGUACAGCUCUUCGGUAGCAACUUCUGUUUGGAUGCUGGCUCAAAUCCUGCCCCAGGCAGAGCAGUCGUGAUCACUUCCUGUGCGCAAUCUGGCUCUCAGACCUGGUAUCUGACUGGUGAUAACCGAAUUGCUAUCACAGGUGGCACGCAAUGCCUUGACUUAUCGGGCACUACUCCUCAAACCCAGAGUUGCGCCCCCAACAUCGCUACUCAAGCGUGGACAGCCAGCUUCCUCUUCGAUGAACCAUCAUCCACUUCUUCCGCCGCCUCCGGUGCCGUUACGAACUCUACGUCAACUGCUACAGGUGUCGCUGGGGGUGCCGCCUCUUCCGCUGCCAGCGGAGCAAGCGCUGCUGCUUCAGGAGCGAGCGGCUCAUCAGCUAGUGAUGCUUCCGAUGUCGCUUCAGCUACAUCCGGUGCCGUCUCUGGUGCUUCUUCGGCCGCUGCUUCUGCCUCUUCGGGUGCCGUCUCUGCUGCUUCAGCUAGUGCUUCUGGUGCUAGCUCGGUCGCUGGUCAAGCUACCUCGGGUGCAGGUUCAGUUGCGGGACAAGCCACAUCAGGUGCAGGAUCUGCUGCCGGUGCCGCUACCUCUGCUGCUGGAUCCGUAGCCGGUGAUGCCACCUCUGCUGCCGGUGCCGCGACUUCCGCUGCUGCUUCCGCUGCUUCCGGUGGCUCUUCUGCUGCAUUCCCUCGGUUCGCUAUGGCUCCUGUCACCGCGAUCCUAGGUGUCGCCGUCGGAGCUAUGUUCGUUUUGUGA